AUGACUCGAGUCUGGCCUCCUCGUGGUACCGUAAUGAUGAAGGAGUCUCUCAAAUACAUACCGUUCUUCAAUCUUACCAGUAUUUUCGCUAACGCAGUCUUCGUGAAGCGGUUUAAACAAGGACGAGUGUCCGAUACUGUUGAGCGAUGCGUAAACCAGAUGAAAAAGUUCAAUCUUAAGAUCUGGAUUUUCCCCGAAGGAACACGAAAUCAUGGCGAAGGCAUGCUUCCUUUCAAAAAAGGAGCAUUCAACAUUGCAGUUCAGGGUGGUUUCCCGAUAGUGCCCAUUGUUUUAUCCAGUUAUCGACCGUUCUACUCGAAAACCGAUCACUACUUCAAGACCGACGGCGAAGUGAUCGCAAAAGUCCUCAGUCCGAUAAGCACCGAUGGGGUAUGA